UACACAUAACACAUUACACUCAAUACAUUUCAUUUAACCAUUUCACUCAACCAUGUGGCAUAUAAUCGCUGCAAACAUCGAACGACGUCACCACGCUAUUAGCUGUGCUGAUGAUGUACCCACCAAUGGGAAUAUCCGACGUCGGCAUUCUUGAACUUCUCGAUUCUGAUCCUCGACCGACCUUUGUCGUCGCUAUUGCACCGGCGCAGUCGUCGCAUCCGAUCUAUGCGAACCCCGCCUUGCGCGAAAAGCCCGCGCUGCACGCGCAAGUUGUCGAGUUAUCCCGGUCGCGUCAUGACUCCUUUUGGGACUGGGUGACGGCUUCUACUCCCCGCAGUUCGAACCCAGGCCACACCUCCCUUUUCGAGCGUAUAUACUGGACGCGGUCCAUCGUCGGCAAUAAAUGGGCUGUUAUCAGUGGUAAUCAUGGAGUGACAUCAGAAGAAGACGCCCGCGGCAGGAGGGCUUCCCAUAGCCUGGGAAAAAGCACCAGGAUCCUGCACGAGAGAUCCUUAUCCGUUGCUCCAGACGAUGGGGAUUUUGGCUGGACACCUCCAGACUUCAUACUUGAACAGGAGUCCUUUGUUCACGUUAUCAACACCCUGGACUGGGCCGCAACACCUCUCGGCCCGCUGUCCCUCUGGCCUCCUCUCCUGCAGCAGACUUUUAAUCAGGUUCUUGCCGACUCAAGACCCAUUGUUAUCUACUGGGGCGACAAGUUGACUACUCUAUACAAUGAAGCAUUUAGCCAGCUCUGUGGAUCAAAGCAUCCUUCUUUACUAGGGAAGUCGGUCGAAGACGCCUGGCCUGAUUUUUGCGAGAAGAUCAAGCUGGCAAUGUCUUCAGCCUCUAAGCUGCGUGCGGGAAAUGAGGACGAGUGGCGGUUCUUUGUAGAGAAGGCUGACGGGAGUUCCGAGGAGAAAUAUCUCAAGUGGUCCAUGAUUCCCAUUACCGAGAAGAAUAGGUAUCUUGGUUUUAUCCAGCCUAUCCAAGAUACUACUUCCAUGCGACUCUGGGAGAGACGCAUGCAGAUGCUGAUUGAUUUAGGUGACACGUUGGUCACUGCUCGUGAUGUUAAGUCGUAUUGGACUAAGCUCAUUCAAGAAUUUGAAGCGUGCCAACCCGCCUAUGACAUCCCUCUCGCCAUUCUCUAUUCGGUCGAGGAAGACUGGGAGUCGUCAUCUGCGCGGAAGACUUGUCGACUAGAAGGCUGUCUAGGUGUUCCGCGAGGUCAUCCUAUAGCACCCCCACAGUUACAACUAGAUGGGAGCGAUCUGGGUUUGUCUCUAUCCUUUAGAGAGGCUCUCGAAUCACAGACCCCCACCCUAUUACAGAUUAGCAAUGGAACAUUGCCAGAGUCGUUGCUCGAAGGCCUGCAGUGGCGUGGCUUCAAAGACCCUUGUCGUGAAGCUAUCAUUUGUCCGAUACGACCAACCAAGGAUGAGCAUGUGUUAGGUCUGCUCUUACUCGGGCUUAACCCUCGCCGUCCAUACGAUAAUGACUACCAACAGUACAUUUCUUUACUCGGUCAGAAACUAACUACGUCCCUGGCGUCGACCGUCCUCCUAGAGGAAGAAGCACGAAGAGGCCGUAACAUGGCGGAACAGGCCGCGUAUGACCAGGCCAUGCUCGCAAUGCAGACAAGAGAGGCUACGGAAUCCGUCCAAAAGUUUCAACAAAUUGCCGAAUUUAUUCCCGUGGGGAUGUGCUUCGGUAAUUAUCGUGGAAACAUCACGUUUGCCAAUGACGCCUGGCACCGCAUCACUGGCGCCCCUCAAGUAAAUCCGCUGACGCCCGAGGGGUUUUUAUCCUGCGUUAUUGAGGAAGACAAGCCCAAUGUGCAGCGAGCAUACGAAGAACUUCAAAGAACUCUCACUGUAACCAUCGAAUUGAGAGUUCGGCGGCCUGUAGAGGAUAGUUAUCCUCUCCAGCACCCCAUCGGAAGCUCUCCUAGCUUUGAGAAAGCCGGCCUGGACCUCAAUGCAGAGGACGGGGGCGUGCGGCACGUUCUAGCCUCCCUCAAAGCUGAGCGGGGCCCUAGUGGUAACAUUAACCAAGUCCUAGCAUGCCUGACAGAUGUGACUUUACAUAAAAAGGCCGCGGAGGAAGCAAUUCGCAAAGCCCAACAAGCAGAGAAUCUCAAACGAAUGGCACAGCUUGCUACGGUGGGGAUGUAUGACAUGACCCUCGACGGUCGUUUGAUCGGCGCCAACAAUGUAUUCUACGAAAUGUGCGGUUUGGAGAGAGUAGACCUCUCCCAAGUAUCGGUAAAGCCGUUUGAAUUUUGCGUUGUCGAUGAAGAUAUGCCUAUCCUGAAGAAGACGCUCGCUACCCUUGUGAAAGAAGGCAAAUCACAAACUGCCGAGCUUCGGCUAAAAACGCUCUGGACUGAAACAGAUACUACUGGCGAACAGAUUACCGCACCACGUUGGGUCCUCGCUACCUUUAUGCCGGUGAGCAAUUCGGAGGGGUCUAUCCAGACCUUUACGGGCUGUCUGAGUGAUGUCUCGUUGCAAAAGUGGCAGUUUGAAAAGGAGCGUCAACGGAAAGACGAGGCGAUCGAGUCGAAGCGCCAGCAAGAGAAUUUUAUCGACAUGACUUCGCACGAGAUGCGUAACCCUCUAAGUGCCAUCGUUCAAUGUGCCGAUGCAGUUAUCGGGUGCCUUACCAAAGCCCAAGAACUGAUCGAUUCAAUAUCUGUGAAGCCUAGCCAAAAUGGCGCGUUGGACAAUCCCACAGUUGAGACUCCCGGCCGCGUCCGACAGGAAGGCUCGCAAUUGGUAAAAGACAGUAUAGAUAAUGCAGAGACGAUAAUAGCUUGUGCUCAACAUCAAAAACGUAUUGUCGAUGACAUCUUGACAAUGUCGAAGCUGGACUCGAAUCUCUUGUCUAUUACUCCAAUCACGGUAAACCCUAUCCAUAUUGCGCAAGAAGCCUUUAAAAUGUUUGAGGUGGAAGCUCGUAGGGUCGAUAUUGAUUUGACUAUGGUAGUUGACCGAUCCUACACCGAUCUCAACAUCCAGUUUCUCGAUCUGGACCCUUCUAGACUGAAACAGGUUCUCAUUAAUCUCCUCACAAACGCCCUAAAAUUCACCAAGAACGGCCCGACGAGGAACGUGUCAAUUACUAUGAGCGCAUCCAAGACCCGCCCCGAAGAUCGCGCCUCUUCCGUUCAAUUUAUCCCACGUGCACCGGAUACGCUGUGGCAAGGUGAUAGGCCAUCCUCGCCAGUACCCGAGGAGAACAGGAUUUAUCUUAUGUUCGAAGUCAAGGAUACAGGGCAAGGGCUCACUGAAGAAGAGAAAUCUUCUUUAUUCCAGCGCUUCGUCCAGGCCAAUUCAAAAACCCACGUGAAAUACGGAGGUUCGGGGCUCGGGCUCUUUAUUAGCCGCAGGCUCACGGAGAUGCAGAAUGGAGCUAUCGGAGUAGCAUCUAGUCCGGGCCAGGGUUCAACCUUUGCAUUCUACAUUGAGGCCCAGGUGCCUGGUGAAGAGGCAUCUAGAGAGGCUCGAGCAGCUGCGGAGGCUGUUGGUCACAUCCUAAAGACAACAAGUAGCAACAUUGCUAAAGGUCCGAAUAGGGGGUCGUUUACUAUGGCAAAGCCAGGAAAGAGGUUGCUGGGACCACAGAUCGAAGGUGUUCUUUUAGUCGAGGAUAACCUGAUCAACCAACAAAUCACCCGCCGUGAUCUCCAGAAUAGUGGGUGUUCCGUCGAAGUAGCCAAUCACGGAGUAGAGGCGCUGGAAAAGCUUCAACAUACGAACCGUGCUGGUGGGCAGUUUCCACUUAGCCUUAUCUUAAUGGACAUCGAGAUGCCCGUACAAGACGGUCUCACCUGCACGCGCAAAAUUAGAGAGCUAGAGAAAACGGGUUAUUUCAAGGGGCCCCGAAUACCUAUUAUUGCGGUCAGUGCUAACGCACGCAUGGAACAAAUACUUGAGGCCAAGGCCGCCGGAUGUGACGACGUAUUGGUAAAACCGUUCCGGAUUCCCGAAUUGAUCGAGAAGAUGAUGACCGUGACAAAGCAGCUCGAAAAGCUCGGGUGAACUUGGUCCCGAAUACACUUCCUAGCACUGAUUUACUGUCGUUGCUGUCGGUAUUGCUUACCUCCACCUUACUUACACUGGCUAGUUCGGACACGGCCGAGUUAAACGGGUCCUCUCUUCUCUUUGACCCCAUUUCCCUUUUCCGUCUCAUAGAUUUACAUGUGCCGUAUUGUCUAUACUGAACUGGUUUGU